UAAAUUUAUAGUUGACUGAAUGUGACAAGUCACACAAAAUUGAAUUUUGGUCACACAGAUCUUUGUAUCAAAACAGCAUUUAUUUAUUUUUAAUAUAUCUGUAACUUAAACAAAAGAGUACAAAAUAAGAAUUUGUAGUAAUGUAACUUAACGUUACUGAAAGGAAAAUGAUUGAUGUUUAAAUAUGAAUAAUGAAUAAGUAUGAAAUUCUUGGAAUUGUGGGUGAAGGUGCUUAUGGUGUUGUUAUGAAAUGUCGUCAUAAGGAAACCAAUGACAUAGUUGCUAUUAAGAAGUUUAAAGAUAGUGAAGAAAGUGAUGAUGUGAAACGCACAACUUUGCGCGAACUAAAAGUCCUUAGAAUGUUGAAACAAGAAAAUAUUGUAGAACUUAGGGAAUCAUUUAGAAAGCGAGGGAAAUUAUAUCUUGUCUUUGAAUAUGUAGAAAAGAAUAUGCUUGAGUGUUUAGAGAAGAUGCCGAGUGGAGUACCUCUAGUUCAAUUGAAGAGUUACAUUAGGCAGCUCAAUAAAGCAGUUCAAUGGUGUCAUAAAAAUGAUGUUAUUCAUAGAGAUAUUAAACCUGAGAAUUUACUUAUAAGCAACACGGGCACAUUAAAAUUGUGUGAUUUUGGGUUUGCAAGAGCCGUGUCAGGUACUGCCAAUGGUCAAUAUACAGAUUAUGUUGCUACUAGGUGGUAUAGAAGCCCUGAAUUACUUCUUGGAGGUGGAUAUGGAAAAGCUGUUGAUAUAUGGUCCAUUGGUUGCAUACUAGGAGAAUUAAGUGAUGGACAGCCAGUGUUUCCAGGAGAAAGUGAAAUCGACCAACUGUAUGUUAUACAAAAACUUAUUGGACCACUUCCUCCAUCUCAAAUGCAUCUAUUCAAUAUAAACCCUAGGUUUCGUGGUUUAAAGUUUCCCACAAUAAACGGGGCUCUAACACUAGCAAAACGCUAUUCCCAAGUUUUAAGUCCAGAUUUAAUUGAAUUUAUGGAGUGGGUACUUCAGCUUGAACCAAGUAAACGUCCUACAAUUGAUGAAUGUGCUGAACACUAUGCUUUUAAUGAAAACCAUAAGAAUGUUGUAAAUUCACAGGAUAGCAACAGCAGCUUUGAGGAAACAGAUGAACAAUGGCCUGAGGUUGAAAUAAGCACCUCAAAACAACUAAACUUACCUAAGAAAGAUUCAGUUUCAGUGACUAAAUUUACACACAGUCCAAGUGAAAAAUCUCAAAGGAAAAAUUCUACAUUAGCAUUAAAAAAUAAUUUUGCUUUUCACAGUACAAACAAUGAUGAAACAAGUGAUGAAGAACUUGAUGAAAUGCAUGGAAAUAAUACACUAGUACAUCAAACAGAAAAAAUGGUUGUGUUGAACAAACCGAAAAAACAGUCAUUAGUUGCUAAGUAUAAUGUUAAUGAUAAAUCUAGGGUAGGGUCUAUUAAAGCUUUCUUGGGUGCUACUUCUUUGUCACAAAUGUCUAACCUCAUUAGUUCUAACUACAAUCAACAACCAGUUAAACUUAAUAGUGACAAUAGAAAUAUUUCUGAAUUAGCUAAUCAACCAAAAUUCACAGAAAAGACUGAGUAUGAUGAAAGCUUGGGUCAACUAGAAAAACUUAGAACAUUGUCAAGGCAUCAAAAAUUAGCUGAAGUAGAAGAUAAGAUUAACGAAUUUAUAAAUCAAUCUCAAUUUGUAUCUGUGUUAGCGCGUCAAAAGAUGAUCGAUAAUCAACCACUUCCUUACAAAAAUAAAUUUGGCCAAAGUCAGAAAAGUUCAUAUUUUCCAAAGAAAAAUUAUCCAGACAAAAAUUUGUGUGAAGUUCCAAAGUUGUCCACUGAACAGGUAUUGAAUCAACAGAAAGUAAAGUUUAUAAAUUGCAACUAUUUCAAUAGUCGUUUGAUUUCUGAGUCGAGAAACUACAAUACUGUCUUAAACAAAAGUUCAUAUGCUGAUUUACGUUUGCAACCUUUGAAAAAACAAAUCUCAAAAAAAGUCCAGAAUAAACCUAAAAAGUUAGAACAAUUGUCUCAUAAUAAUCGACCUUCGUCUGCACAAAAGUAUUCUAUUGGAGCAAUAGGAAAUUGCGAAAUGCCAGAUAUAUCUGGUAAUUUCCAGCACAGUGUCGCGAAAUCUCGAAAUGAAGGCAAUGAAAAAUUGGAUUCAACAGCAAACUUUCCCUAUUUUGACGCUUCUAAAUCAAUUUGGAAACUUCGAGAAAAUCAUAUUUAGUUUGAAUUCAGUUUUUACCUUGAGAUAUUAAAAUGGAUUUACGUUCUGCUAUUUCCAAUCUUUAAAAAAAAAGUAUCUAUAUUUUUUGGUCUGUGAAUAAAAAUGUUACUUUCCAAAAUUAACUUAUUAAACAUUUUUACACACCGAUGGUUUUUAUUUUUUUAAACUUUCAAUGUGAAAACAAUUUUUAUGUAACUAUUACUUCAAAAUUUGCUGUCGUUUUUGAGAAGAUAAAUCAAACUCACUAAAGUUGAAUGAAAAAAGUUGACUUAAUAGUUAACGUGUAACAUAUAUUUAAAGUAUAAACAUUUUCUAUUUAAAAUAUCUAAAUCUAGAACUUUAUAAUUUUGAUAUAUCAUUUUUAUAUGAUCUUGACUUAUUGUUGUUUUUGAUUUAAUUAAGUUAUUUGUCAAGUAAAGAACUAUUUAUUAAUAAAUAUAAUUAAUUAUA